AUGGCACGACAGCAGCAGCUCGACGCCGUGAGCCUCAGCAGCUGCCUCUCGGCCCACGGCAAAGCUCACCGCUGGCUCUUUGCACUCGCCACCUACGGAGCGGAGCUCGCGUCGGAAGGUGCAGGUGCCGGAGGUGGAGGUGCCGGAGGUGGAGGUGCCGGAGGUGGAGGUGCCGGAGGUGGACUGUUUCGCAAUCUGGAUGUGGUUGCCUUCAAUGCGGCGAUGGCCUGUUUCGCCAUCGCCGGGCAGUGGCGAUUUGCCCUGCAUGUACUGUACGAGUUUCCAGCGGAUGUGGUGACCUUCAACUCCUGCCUCCAUGCCUGCGAGACGGGCCGCGCCUCCGCUCAUUUAGAUGUGCUGAGGGACAUGAGAGCCAUGUCCGUGCGUGCGAAUACAAUCACCAUGAACACUGCGCUGAGUGCCUGCGAGAAGAUCAGCCAGUGGCAGCCGGCUUUGGCUCUGAUGAUUGAAAUGAAAGACUCGGAGCUGCUGCCAGAUGUCAUCACCUUCAAUGCUGCGAUCAGCGCUGCAAGGCUCGCAAGGUGGCAGCAAGCUGAGCUGUUUGCCCAGAUGCUGCAGGCCGAUAUCCAGCCGGAUGAGUUCACCUUCGCUGCGCUGAUCUCCUGUGCCAAGGUGAGACUUGCCAUGGUGCACUUGACCCACAUGCAAGAGAUGAGGCGAAAACCGAAUUCGGUGGUUUACAACAGCUGUCUCAACGCCUGUGAGAAGAGUUCCGAUCCCGAUGCUUGGCGCGUGGCUCUGGCUUUGGUGACGCAUCUCACGGAUGUCACGGAUGUUUUGCUCGGCUACACCUCUGCCAUCCGCGCGAUGCAACACGCCUGGCGCUGGCGGCACGCCUGCGCUCUGCUGGGCGACAUGCGCCAGGCGCAGGCUCUGCCCGAUGCCUUCAGCUUGGACGCGGCGGCGACCGCCUGCGCGAGGGCAGGCCGGGUUCGGCCAACUCUUCGGUUGCUGAACGAAGUCCCUCAAGCCCAGCUAUGCUCCAAGGUGAAAGAAUCUCGAGCCCCAGUUUGGAUCACUGUUGCCUAUUGCCAUGCCACAUAA